AUGCAACAGUGUGGAAGACAGCUUGAUCUUGAUUUUUGCAAGUCAGAACCACGCUACGAAUGUGCACUGACAGUCAAGUUUGACAAGGCCAUGCUAACUCCAAGUGUAACUCGAAUUCUCGUGGACAACUAUUUUGAAAAUUUGCCAUCCAAAUUUCGAAUAUUCGAAAAACUGUUUUACGAUUUCGACGUCCAGGUCAGAAAUCUUCCUUCACGGAAAUGUCUUUUGGUGGUCUUAGCAUUGGCUAUAUCUUCGGCUCAGUAUAUGAGAAAAGACCCGAAUUUUGUUCCUAUAACUCUCCUCCUAACCCAAUGGGCUCAAGCGGGAAUUCCUGAGUGUGUGGCAGAGUAUAACCUGGACUCACUUACUGUGAUGGUAUUAAGCUGCUUACUUCAAAUGAUUCAUCCUAGUGGUCAAGACUUGUGGUAUACACUAGGUUUAUGCUGUCGAUUUUGUCUUGGUCAAGGUAUACCUAAAGAAACAGAAGAUUCUACCACGUUUGAAAGGGUUCUAAGUGUCUUGUAUGAUAUAGAGGAGGAAGUAGCCCUUUCUCUAGGAAGAGUUCCUAUGUUGCAAGCUUAUAAUAUCCACCAAAUGAAACUGAACUCGAGUGCUUUACAUCUGGUGUCUCCAACGGUUCAGCUCUUCAAAAAGAUAUACGACCGGCAGGAACAAGAGUGCCCUUACGACAACGAUUUGAAUCUUUUUCUUCACACCCACAUGGACACUUUGAUUAUUGAUCCAAAAAGCUGUGUACUUCUCGCUUUCACAACCACCCAUUCCUGUUCACUCUGUACACCUCUGAUGGAUCAGGUUGCGAUUCCAUUAGUGGUUAUUGGUCUGAUGAGUAUUAUCAACUCUGCCUACGAACUGAUCAAAAAUGAAAAACUAAUUUCAUGUUGGCUAGAAACUAUAAAAGUGUUCAACGCCGCAUGUACUUUGUUCACAAUCUACCAAACAGAUCGGUAUGAAGCGAUGGACUUUUUCAAUGUAACUAUUACAGAACAGAAAAUAUUGCAGCAUCUACUGCUCGCUGAAAUAGCCCUCGAGUACACAACUCGCUAUUGGAGAGACGGUAUACGGUACAAGCAUGCAUUUGAAAAACUUAUUCAAUCAUCUUGA